CACGCCCUCUAAUGGCGAAAUUUUGACAAUCAUCAAUCUCUUUCCAUCCAAAAUGUCGAAGCGAGGACGUGGAGGUUCAUCUGGAUCUAAAUUCCGUAUCUCACUGGGUUUGCCAGUGGGAGCGGUCAUCAACUGUGCAGACAAUACAGGUGGUAAGAACCUGUACAUCAUUGCUGUGAGCGGAAUCGGGGGUAGGCUGAACAGACUGCCUAAUGCUGGUCUCGGUGACAUGAUCGUUGCUACUGUCAAGAAAGGCAAGCCAGAACUCAGGAAAAAAGUCAUGCCUGCAGUAGUCAUUCGGCAAAGGAAGCCCAUCAGAAGAAGAGAAGGCAUAGUACUCUACUUUGAAGACAAUGCGGGAGUCAUAGUGAACAACAAGGGAGAAAUGAAAGGUUCAGCCAUCACAGGUCCAGUUGCCAAAGAGUGUGCCGACUUAUGGCCCCGUAUUGCCAGCAACGCGAGUACCAUUGCAUGAGAUGCACAUCUCAUCGUCUACCUACCCAACAUUUGGCAUCCAGAACCCACAACACUGCAAUCAAAAACUCACCAUCCCAAUGACGAACUGUAAAGUCCUCUUUUCUGACUGAACUUAUGAAGUGUACAAAGUAAUAAAUUACAACUUCGCAACAAA